AAAUGUUUAUAAGGAAUAGAUUUUUAUUAUCAAAAUUCAAUAUUAAAAACUUAAAAUUUAAAAAUUAUUCAACAAAACCAACUCAAGAACAUGCUCAAGAAUUAGUGAAUGUGGAACAACUUAAAAAUGAUGAUGAAGGUAUUACAAUUAUUGGUCUAAAUAGACCUUGGUCAAAAAAUGCAAUUAAUAAGCACAUGAUUGAUCAAUUGUUAAACAUUUUUAGACAACUGUACUGUGAUGAUAGUAGUCGAGUAGUUAUUUUUCGAAGCCUUGUAAAAGGUAUAUUUUGUGCUGGAGCAGAUUUAAAAGAACGUUUAACAUUACCAUCUUCUGAAGUUGGAAAACGUGUAGCUGAUAUACGUAAUUUAGCUAAUGUUAUUGAAAAUGUACCUGUUCCUGUAAUUGCUGCUGUUGAUGGCACUGCAUUAGGUGGAGGUUUUGAAUUGGCUUUAAGUUGUGAUUUUAUUGUUAGUGCUUCAAAUUCCAUCUUUGGGUUAGUAGAAACUAAACUUGGUAUAAUACCAGGAGCUGGCGGCACUCAACGAUUAGCUCGUGCAAUUGGUGGUCCACUAACCAAAGAAUUGAUUUAUACUGGAAGAUUAUUUAAAGCACAGCAGGCUUUAGAAUAUGGAGCUGUAAACAGAGUAAUUGAACAAAAUGAUGAAUGUACAAGUGCAUACAAUACUGCUCUAGAAAUAGCAAGAGAAAUUUUACCAAAUGGACCAUUAGCAGUAAAAUUGGCUAAAAAAGCAAUCAGUCAUGGGCAACAAGUAGAUAUAAACAAUGGCUGUGCCAUAGAAGAAUGUUGUUAUAAUCAAGUGAUACCAACAAAAGACAGAAUGGAAGGACUAUUAGCAUUUGUAGAAAAACGAAAACCAAAAUAUAAAGGAUCUUAAAAUGUUCA